UAGGCUGCGUCACGUGGUACAACUUUCCAAACCUGUGAGUGUUUUCCGAAAAAAAUGUAGAGGGACAAAAACCUCUUUGAUGGUGGAAAAGGCCUUUGGAUUCACAUAUAUCAAAUGACGUUUUACACACUGAACUCAAGGCCAAUGUUAACUAUGCUUAAGGAAGAAUGUAACAUGGAGAUUGUUGUUUUCUUUAUUUUAUGCUGUUGACGCAGCGUUAGUAGUCUGUGAUUACCCAAAUCAGACGUCUAGUUCUUGAACAGGGAUAAUUGCAAAUUCUGGUGGAGACUCCAUUCGGUGUUGUGUCCGAAACAUGCCCCACUACAACGACGCACCCACAGGCUCACUCCCGAGUCUUCACAGCUUGACUGAUCACAGGACAUCUGACUCUUUAUACUCCGAACCUCUUCCACCACCUCCCCUACCGAACCAGCCACCGAUAGGCCCCGAAUUUGACCCCAGCGGAAGCGAGGACAACGGGGACUCAGCCAUCGACAUCAAACCCGUCCACCGUUUCAUCCCAGACUCAUGGAAGAACUUCUUGAGGUCCAGCAGCGGAAGCAGCAAGUUGAAGUCAAUGUUGGGCUCGAGCAGCAAGAACACGACCACUGACGGCGUUCGUUGUUCUCCGCCGCACUCGCCGUCGGUUCCCGGUUCCUACCGCGACCCAUACGGCGGAUCCGGAGGCAGUUAUAACUCGCGUAAAGAGCGUGAAGCAAUGCUGUUGGGCAACCCUGUGGAGUCCGUUGACGGCCGUACGGUGCACACUGCUUUGACAUACGGCGAAAAAGUCGAGGAAUACAACCAGCGCUACGCCUACAUGAAGUCUUGGGCUGGACUUUUACGUAUUCUUGGUUGCGUCGAGCUGCUUCUUGGAGCAGCGAUUUUUGCAUGCGUUUGUGCUUACAUUCAUAAAGACAAUGAGUGGUUUAACAUGUUUGGAUACUCGCAGCCUGGUGGGGCUUACGGAGGAGGUUACGGAAGUUACGGAGGUUAUGGAGGCGGUUAUGGCAACGCCAACUACACCGGACCCAAGACGCCGUUCAUUCUUGUGGUGGCGGGAUUGGCGUGGAUAGUGACUGUUAUCAUGCUUGUCUUGGGAAUGACCAUGUACUAUCAAACUAUACUUCUGGACUCAAAUUGGUGGCCUUUAACGGAGUUCUUCAUAAACCUGGCUCUUGCACUCUUGUUUUUGGCGGCUGGUUGCGUGUACGUAAAUGACACUACUCGAGGUGGACUCUGCUACUAUCAGUACUUCAAUAAUGGCAUCAAUGGCGCUUUCUGUCGCACUGAGGCUGGGCAGACGGCCGCUAUAAUUUUCCUGUUCUUCACCAUGAUCGUGUACUUGGUCGGAGCCAUAGUGUGUCUAAAACUGUGGCGGCACGAAGCGGCUCGACGACUACGAGAACGUAAUGGGCAGGAGAUGCAGCCAAGAGAUUCUCCUUCUGCUGUGCAUUUGGUUGUUGAUGGUUCAAGGGAGCCGAUGGCAGUCUCCGUGCCGGUACAGCACACACACACUGCCGCCCCUGCCGUCGCCAAGCCCAAAGUUGUGAAAGGGCAUAUUCCAGCUGGACACGCUCCUAAACCUGUGAUCAUGCCGGACUACAUCGCUAAAUAUCCAGCUAUCCGAACAGACGAGCAGCGGGACCAGUAUAAAGCCGUGUUUAAUGACCAGUAUUCUGAGUAUAAAGAGCUGCAUGUAGAAGUUCAAGCGAUUCUGAAGAAGUUUGAUGAAAUGGAUGUGAUGAUGCAGAAUUUACCACAAAAUCCCACCAGCCAUAUGGAGCGUGAUCGCAUCAACAAAAUCCUGCAGGAGUAUCAGAGGAAGAAGAUGGAUCCUUCAUUUUUGGAGAAGAAGGAAAGAUGUGAGUACUUGAAGAACAAACUCUCGCACAUCAAGCAGAGGAUUCACGAGUACGACAAAGUCAUGGGCUGGAACGAUGGUUACGGCUGAAACGGGCAGCACUAGAUUCAAACCUGCUGUGACGGUCCUUCAUUUUCACGCCAGGACAUCGUAUUACACUGAACAUGUGACCACUGUAUCUGCAGAGCCAUGCUGGUCUGGAUUUAUAUUACAAACAGUAAUCCAAUGAGGGAUCGAUAACUUGCAUGCUCUUAAUGUACACGCUGAGUCUUGAGCACUGACUGAAAAUACUUUUUUAUUUUACAUUUCAUAAUGCUGACUAAAAGUGCAUGAAUGUUUAAAGAAAUACUCUGUGUUGUCUGUGUAUGUAUGCAGAACUGCUGUUUUUUUGUUUUUUUUACUGAGGUUUAUUUUAAUGAUUGUAUGCACUGUUCAAUUCGUUUUUCUGCUACUGUGUAUUUGAUCCGAACAACAGCCUUGUCCUUAUAUAUUCAGUGUUGUAUAUGCAUUUUGACAAGUUGAACAGGUGAUUUAUAUGCAAAUAAUGUAAAGAGUGAAAAGUCAAAGCAUUUCAAGCUAAUUUGUUGUAAUUGAGAACAUUUCUGAAUAAAAAAAGACCGGCCAGGAGGCACUUCAGACACAACAGAGCAACUCUACAACCUCAAAAAAAUGAUGCAUAUAUUUAUGGGUUAAGAAAUGCAAUGUUUUCUUCAAUUUGAUUGGUUAAAUUCACUUCUCUUCUAAGCAUCCCUGUCUAGACUACUGAAUCAGACUAGUUUUAGCAUACUUCCAUUUCCCUCUAUGGCUGAUUGCAACAUAAACAUAAAAAGAUUACUUUCAUUACCACUCUUUUAAAGAAAAUAUUUAAUUCUCCAUCUCUAUCAAUUCCAUCAAACCUCCAUUUCCACCACAAG